AUGUGUCAAGCGAGGAUUUAUUUAUCUCAUUCAUCAAGACAUCAAGACCACACCCUGUUUAUAUAUUUUAAAUGGAUAUGGUGCUUCUUCAUUAUCAGUGCCGGAUCAACAUGGAGUCCAGUUGACGCUGUGUCUGUUCCAACGCAAAACACACCAUCCACUAUUGAAGCUCAAGCGAAAUUCUUCCAGGAUUUUUUCUCAGUACAGUUGAGUCCUUACAAGAUAGAAUUCGGUCAUGUUUGUGAAGACCCGAACAAUUGGGAGCAGCGGUACGAGAAGAAAGACUUUAAGAACCACAGGGAUAUGGGAAAAGUACGAUGGGGUGAUAAGAAAGGUGGAUAUGGAGAACAUUACUGGGAUUUAAAUCAUGCCGGCCAUGUAGGAAAUCACGGUAAUGAUGAUGGCUACGAUAGUGAUUCAGACGACGGGUCAUAUCAUGAAGAUCCUCAGGACAGAAAUAAUGAAUCACAUGAACAAUCGCAAAACUAUGAAAUAGACGAAUAUAAUCCUGAUGAUACUAAAAAUAAUUAUGAAGAAAACGGAAGGGCUAAGAGGGCACAUGGAAAAAUAAAAUCCCAUCAAAACGAUCAUGACAAAGUUGACAAUGAACAGAAACGGGUUCCGAAGGAAACAAUACAAAUAAAUGAUGAAGAAAAACUUGAAGAAAAUGUUAAUGAAGAAGAAGAAGUAACAAAUAGACCAUUUAAAAUCAAGCCAAAAAGACGCCUUCGUCAACAAUAUGUCACGGAAGCUCCGCAAAAUAAAGAGAAAAGUAAUAUUGUCUUGGUGAUUAAGCAUAAACAAAAUGAUGAAAAAGUUGAUUUUCCUAAACAAUCAGAACCAAAACAUUUUGUGCCCAAUGAAGGCGGAGCUGGAAUAAGACAACCUGUUCCUCCUGAACUUGUAGCAUCUGCUUCGAUACCUAGACUCUUUCUAGAUCAAUCUACCGGUUAUGUUAUUGACCGAACAACAGGACAAGCAUUUGUGCUGCAACCAAUACCUCGUAAUAUUCACUAUAGUUAA